AGUGCGAAUAGCAAAGUAAUUUCGAGUAAAUCUCAGCCUUUGGUUUGGCGAAACACUUAAACAACACUGUGACCACAAAGCACAGAUGCUGUUGACACGUAUCAAGGCCGUCGUGAGUGGUGCUCUAGCAAAUGCGGUGCGCGCGGGUUCGUGACGACUUGACACUAUUUGCAAAUUGUACGCUGAAGCGAAAAAAGACCCACUUGUCACAGCAGUUUUGAUACAAAAAAAAAUUUGUUCAUGCUGGCUGCUGUGUGGAUGUGCAUCCAUAUGUUUGCUGCAUGUAUGUAUGUCACUUAAGUUGUGCAAGUGCAAGUGAGCGUACGGGUAUGCGUGAGUGCAAGUGUGGGGGCCGAUCGCUAGUGCGAAAGUAAUUGUGUGGAAUCGCUUAAACGAUUUAUGCAAAUCCCCCGCCUUCUUAGCCGAGUGAAGCUAACGACCUCAAAAGUUACGGCUUGCAAAACGAUGUGAAUAGAUACGCGGUUGUGGUGGUGUGACAAAAUCGACAAAACGAUUUCAAAUGUUUUAAGUUGUGAUUAUCACUUGCAGAUUGGAUAAGAUAACAUAAGAAUUCAUAAUUUACUCACAUAAAUAUACAAUUUGUUACGCAAAUAUUAUCACAGUGAUAAAAAAGCAGUGAAAAUAUUUCUUUCUGUUGAUAUUUGAAUAUUUGGAGCGCUAGCGAGGAGCACAUCGAGAGCGAAGGUUUAGUGUAGCCCAGGACGAUUUCGACAACAAACAAGGAAAGAACAACUACGAAAUGAUAAUAAUAAUGUCGGUCGCAAUGAUGAUGACGAUGGAGAUGGAGAUGAAGUGUUUAUACUGCCACAGCGACAAAAGUAAUAGCUGCAAAAACAACGACAACCACGUACCCAAGGGAAAAAUUUCAUGUUGAUUAUUUGCGAAACAGAAUCGGUGAUAAAUUGCCGUAAAGUACACGAUAAAAGGAAAAAAUUAACAGUGAUAAAAUUCAGUGCGAAAGUGAAAAUCUACUCGUGUUUGUCAAGUGGCGUGCCAGCCUGUCUGACUGAUGAUCCCACCAUCAACCCAUCCGACACGCACAUGCUCGGUCACAAGCGGCAUUCCGAUUUGACUUACCCCUCCCCCACAAGAGGGCUCAAAACAAUCAAGUCAAGCAACGUAGAAAGGAGUGGAGCUCACACAGAUAACAGCAAGAGGAUACAUUUGAGCCAGAGAAAAUAUUGUUAAGCGGCCUUUGGCCAAAGCAGAACUAAAUGGUGAGGAGGCCAAUUGAAUGCUAGAAAUAAUUUAAUGAAAGGACGUCGCAGCACUGCAGCGUAGUGGUACUGGAGUCUGGCAAGCGAAACGGAAAGAAAUGAAAUAAAAAAAAAAGAAAUGAAAUGAAUAACAAUAAUAAAGGCCAACGAGAGCAUGAAUGGAAAUACAAUAAAAAACAAGAAUUGCCAUUAAAGCAUUUAAGUUCACAACAAUUGCGAAGGAGCCCGCCAUCAGCGAAAGGCAAACUUGCAACAAUCACCAACAACAGCGUCACAAAUUAAACACAACAGAAGAAGAAAGUGGCAACGGUUGAAAAAGACGGUUGUGUGAGUGUGUGUGUGUGCAGCAUAAAGACGAGGUCAUAAAUUCGAGACUUAACCACGGUAACAACAUCGUCACGUCAACAACGCGUCCUUCUAGCCACUGCCACGCCAACAAAGACCGCUUACGCCGCUUGUGCAACAUGGCAACGUUACAGCAACCCGGACAGAAACUCGGGCACUGGCUGCUGCAUCACAGCUGGCGUCAUGUGCUCUGCGCUUGGUUAACGUUUUGGGUAUUUUUCAUGUGUACUCUGAACCCCGUCUUACCAGAAGUUAUUUACCGUGUGGAUCCUCUGGCUUUGUUGGCUGCUACGCUCAGGACGUAUCAGAGGGCUGGCUGUGAUUCUGAACAACUGUCGCUUAGUUGUCCGCGCGGAACAAGCAUCUCGAUUGAGCUGGCUCAGUAUGGACGAGCAGGAGAUUUAAGUGACCACAGCCUAUGCCCACCACUAUCCCAAGAAGAUUUGACAACCACCGGCAGUAGUUCCGGCGAUGGAAAUGCUGGCCUCAUUGGGACUGGCAGCAACACCGGCGUCAUACAUAGCGGCACCCAAAUCGAAGUGAAGCCUCCGGAGUCGUGUACAGUAAGCGGAUUACAGUAUGCGUUGCUGCAAACUGUUGUGGAUGCCUGCCAGAAAAAACGUCAUUGCAAAUUUUCCGCCAACUCAAAGCCAUUGGCAAGCGGGGAUCCUUGUGCCGGUAUACGGAAAUUCGUUGAGAUAGCAUAUAAAUGCCGACCAUAUGAGUUUCGCUCCAAAGUGGCCUGCGAGAAUGACAAUAUGCCACUUGUCUGCAAUCCCUAUUCACGGAUCGCCAUAUACAGCGCCUCCUUCGGCUACAUAGAGCGUGAAAGUGUACAAUGCCCGCAGAACAGUAGCACGCAGUCCCAAACGCAGACAACGCCGGAUACUACGGGCAAACAGACUUGCCUGGUGUCUUAUGCCACGGAGACGGUUAUGCAAAUUUGCCAUGGAAGACGUCGGUGUUCGGUGACGGCGGAUGCUGGCACAUUUGGCAGACCUUGCAAGAAUGAUAUACCGAUGCAUCUAAAAGUCGUCUACACUUGCAUACCGCGCAAAGUUCUUAAGGACCGAUACGAGACUGCACCAGAACCGGAUGAGCCACAACAAAGUGAAUUGGAUUUAGACCAAGAUGAACUAUACGAUGAAGACCAAUUCUAUAAAGAGGGAGAAGCCAUACCACCUGCCCCCAAGCUACAGGGAGCUAUACCAAACGCAGCCUACCCAUUCGAUUUUAAUAUGCGUUCCAAUGAGCCUACCACAACAAUGACAACACAUAUACUAUCGCAUAACGACAACACAUUGGAAGACUUCAACGGCAAAACUGGUGGCGGCGAUAUUGAUGAUGAUGCCAGCGAAGUCGUGGAUGAUUACAGGCAGCCAUCACGAUUGGAUGAGAAUGACUUAUUCCACAAACUGUCAAAAAUAUUUUCCAAUAACAAUUUGGAACAACACGCCAGUAUGACGACGACAACGGCGGCGCCAUCAGAAUCGACAAAUGAGGAAGGGAGUGUGGCAGCCGUUGAUGGUAAUGAUGAAUCGUCACCAUCUCCGAAUUAUAUUUAUCGCAAAAAAUGCCAGAUGGAGGAUGACUGGGGCACAAUUGGCUUAAAUUUCACCGCCGAUGAUAUUGAGGUUGAACGUGUGUUUGUCACAGGGUUCCUUGUCAACUGGAUGAAUGCCUACAUUCACAUCAAAAAAAACCAGGAGCAGUUUUAUCUUUACUUAAUCAUAUCUGUCGCUGCCGGCAUGCUGCUGUGCCUGACACUUGUAAUUGGCCGUUUGACCCUGCAGCGAAGGCGUUCGUGCCGCAAGAGCAGCCUUUCCAGUACCACCAACAACGAAAAGAAUCUCAGCGAUAAGUUGGGCAACAGUGGCGGAGGAGGCGAUAACACCAAAUACCAGCACGAAACCACACGUGAGACGCAGCUAAAUAGCUCCUUUGGCGAUGACAUCUCCGACAUAGAUGCGGAUAUUGACUUAACCAGCCCAAUGCCAGCUUCCAACAUUUCCAACCGAAACGAGUCGUAUAUGACAUAUGCUCCCAUACCGAACUGUGCGUACGGCUCUUUGGGUGACCACUCGUCGACAAAUUAUGGAACACCAACCACAAUGCUGAUGCCUUCGACAUCACAGCACAACAGCUUAAUGAUGGCCGGGGGGCAUGGGGGUAUCAGCUCCAUUGGCAUGUCAUCGGCUUGUCCAAACGUGGUGGGCAGCAGACAGACAACGCCCCCACCCCCAUCAUCCGCAGCUCUCUAUACUAGUAUGGGUGUGUGCUCGCCCUCGGUUAGUGGGACCUUAACAAUGGGUCCUCAUAUAAUGUCGCCGUCAAUUUUAAGCAACACUGGCAAUCAAAACAUGGGUGGUCCAUCAUAUCUUAGCGGCACUAUAAUGGUUCCAGGUCAUCAUCAUUCGCACACCGCCACAUUGCGCAGAAGUAUUAUACCCACAAGUAUGGGCAUAAUGGGAGCCCCAUCACCACCACUCGUAGCUGGCAAUCCGAUGCCGCCGGCAAUGGUGGGCGUGCCAACUUCGUCAAGUGUAUAUUAUGACACCACAAUACCGCGACACCUAAGCCGAGGAAUGUCAGCCGAUAGCAAUCCGCAAUACUUUUACGGGUGACAUUCAUUGAAUCGCAAAACCUCUUUGCCCAUUGCCAUUGCCGUAAGACCAACACAAAUGAAUUUAAAUAUGAUGCCACUGACUGCCACCAUGGGUGCCAUGACAGGGUCAACAGCCACAAUGCCAUGUGCGGUAAGGAAUACCACAUCCGCGAGCGUCACACCAUCACUGAAGGGCACUGCCAUACCUGAAAUACCAUCAAUCACAGUUACUUCCUCCACAGUUUCCAACAAGACCCAGUUCCAUCCAGGGCAGACGGGUUCUCCAACGCCCCAACAAAGCUCAGCUCAACACGACAACCAUCAAACAUCGUCAACGCCAGCCAGUGCCACCGCCACAACUCUGACUAGUGCCGACCGAAGCAAUUGUUUCUAAAGUAACCAUUGCAGAUCAGAGCUCCCUAACAGAUAGCAAUAGCCAUGAACUUCCCGCGAAGGUUGUUCCUCCCUGACAUGUAAAUAGUUUUACUACGACACUUCUAAAGGUGGCCGCCCCACUUUUGAAAUAAGAGUCAAAAUUUAGCAAUGUGAGACUUGUUCGAAACAAAGUUAGUGACUUUACAAAUAUACAAACACAAGCAUACAUACAUACAUAUAUAGAAAUUAAUGGUUUUACAAAGACACCCAACUUCCACGAGAGAAAUCAGCCCAAAAGCAAAACAAACAAACUCCUUAAAAAUCUAAAUAUACGACAAAUUUUCAUUAUCAUUAUUAUUAUUAUUAAUAAUAUUAUAAAUAUAGUGUUUAAUAAUGCAUUAUUAUAGUUAUGAUUAUAAAUAUUAUUAUGUAUGACUUGAGAGAGGUUUUCAAGAUCGUUUGUAUUAUACUGUAGUAAGUAGGUAUCCAUCCAAGUCGACUUUAGGAUAAAUCGGAUUUACCACAAAUGUAGAUAUACACAUUGAAUUACAAUUACAUACCUAGAAAGUCUGAAGGUGUGCACAAAAUAUUCCCCCGAUUCUUUCCUCAUUUAGGACACUGUGUCAUACACUCACACUCACACACACACACACUGUAAUUGACUCCGUUGUACGAGUACCACCAUACAUGAUCAUCCCAUACAUUCACCAUUUUACCUCAGGAGCUGAAGUAACCAAUGUUGUUAAGUUUAAGGAUUGACAGUGAGCCAAAUUGCAAGGAAUUAAUAGUUAUAACCUCUCAGACAAUAGGUUUAAUAACCCAUGUUUUUAUCUUAAACUAUUCACAGUGGGACAAAUCGCAAGGAAUGAAUGGCAAUAAAUUUGCACAUACUGGGCCCCAGUACGCAGUCGUACAAUGUUCAAGACGAUCUUGUUGAAUUAUUGGGUUGCCCAAAAAGUAAUUGCGGAUUUUUUAAAAGAAAGUAAAUGCAUUUUUAAUAAAACUUAGAAUGAAUUUUAAUCAAAUAUACUUUUUUUACACUUUUUUUCUAAAGCAAGAUAAAAGUAACAGCUGAUAACUGACAGAAGAAAGAAUGCAAUUACAGAGUCACAAGCUGUGAAAAAAUUUGUCAACGCCGACUAUAUGAAAAAUCCGCAAUUACUUUUUGGGCAACCCAAUAUUUUAUUGUUGAAUUUCAAAAUUCUGUAGACUUCUACCUUAUGGAUAAACAAAAUUUUAUAUUAGUUAAUCUGUGUUUUUUUUAUCUGACUCAUUAUCACAAUGUGAAAAACAUUAUUUAGUACUUUUGAACUUCAAUUGGCUGCUUGAAGGUCAGCGUGGCGCAAAUUUUAGCAUUUCCGCCUAUGACUGAACACCUGAGUUCGUAUCCCUGAGAGAGCAGCAGGGAAAUCUUAAGCGGUGGUUUUCAUAACUCUUACAUCGCCCAGCGGUACGCAGUUCCGACUCCACUCGACAGCACUUAAUUGAUAUGUUAAAAGUUUCCGCCAGUUCCACCUUGCAAUGAUCGUGGGUAAUUUUCAAUUUGCAAGCUUCUUCGCUGUCACUAAUUAAAUGAAAAGUUUAAUGAGAAAAAUUGUUUUUUGAGAUUAGAAAGAAAACUUGAUAAUUUUACCUGCGAAUAUAAAGGAUGUUUUUCUAGACGUAAAGUAACGAAAGGGAGUUAAAAUAUUUUAUUAUACAUUUUAUGUUUUGAAAUGCAAGAGACCCAUGCAACUGCCUCGAAGAAAUUCCAGCAUUUGCAGCCGUACGUCAACAAUAAGUCUAUUCAUUAUGAGUUAAUCUAUAUAUGAAAGGGCAAACCAAACUUAGCACAAAUCAAGUGCCAACUGCAAUAAUAAAAACUAUGGAGAAAGUGUGGCCGGAUUGAAAUCCUCAGAGUUAAAAAAAACUCAUUAUUUUACGAAUUUGAUUACUGGUCCUUAUUUUGUAGAAGGUAUUCUCCAACAAAUUUUCCAUUAAGGAACAGCGAAAAAACCAAAUUUUAUGAUUUUUCUGAUUUUGAUUCGGCGGAAAUCGAACCCACGGGAAUAAGUUGGCGGGAAUCAAACCCACGACUCCUGCACUGGUAAUCCAAGCAUGCUACCAUUUCGGCUACCGGGGCGCCCACCUUAGGUAAACUUCCAUUUCAUUUUACUGGCAUAAAACUUAUAACUAUAGCAAAAAUACCAAUUUGGCCACAAAUAUUUCGUUAAGGAACAGAGGGCAAACUUCUAACAUAUCAAUGAGUGCCGUCGGAUUCAAUUUUAAACUCAUCGAUAAGGGAUCUAUUUUUAAUGGGCGAGUCCGAACGGCUAAUCGCAGUACAAUACCUUCUUGGGGACAAGUUUUUACAUAGCUGCCAUACCAUUUUUUCAAUCCCAUGACAGCCGGUUAUGUGUAACGGAUUGACCCGAUAGAACUCUUCGAUAUCCAGGGGAUGUCGCCUUAGUGUACGUGUUCGUACUUGUUUUGGUUAUGUGAGAGACACAUUCAGGAGUGCUUUCUCUGUACGAUUCUGGUCCGUGCCGGGAUUGAAUAGAUUAAGCGAUGCAUGAAGUGGGUGCAUUUCCGAUUGUGCUCUGGUCUUACAAAACUACUGGAGUAUAUGUGACCCCUUCCAAUUAUCCUGUGUGGCAAUAUACGUAACUGCAACACCCCACCUUGGGUCAGUUUCUCUGUCUUGCAAUUGAAUUUCAAUAGUCUCCGAGGCCAGAUUGAUACGAUAGUGGACUUUAGGAGUCUGAAGAAGAUAAUGUUUGGAGCGAUCCAGGAGCCAAAGCUGAGCAACACCUGCAACCUUCAUAGUUGUUGUGAUUACAAUGCUACGAAAAGAUUGCAUACUGAAUGGAUGUGGGGGAUUGGCCUUCGUGAUACACGAUUCCGUGCAGUAUAGACCCAACUAUUCUUCGCCUGGAACUAGUGCACCUUCAUGAAAUGUAUGGGGAUAGCAGUCAUUUCCGAUACUUCCGAUAUAGAGCUAUACAUUGUGUAUUUUUUAAUGGACUUUAAUGUGCAGCGCUUUUUAGGGCAUUCUCCUCUAGGCAUCGUCCAGAGAGACAUAGUUUUUUUUGGAGCAGAUUGACAGCUGCACGUUUUGCAAGGUAAAUGAAGACGCCCCCACCAGGAUAACGUGGAGGUGCAGCAUAUAGUCAGACAUUUUCAUUGCAUCCCCUAAUUUCCUGAAUGACAUAUCAGGAAAUUUAUCGUGGACGAAGUUACGAAUGUUAUCGCUGCUCCAAGUCGUCAAAAGCGCUGGCUUCUGACAGGAUCUCUACACUGAAGCUGAAGAAACUGUCCUCAACAGGUCUUUGAGCACAGUUACUAUAACAGCCGAUGUCUGGAAGAUGAGCUGAGUAGUCGCGUUGCUGAAGUCUGGAAAUUAACCUACAAGGGGUGGACAGACCGAUUUCCCUUCUUUCACCAGUAGCCGAGAUGCUUGAUAAACACCUUUCGAGCCUGACAAAAUUUUCAUGCGCCGAGCAUUAGCAGAGAUUUCGUAGAUGGCAAAGCACGACGGCUGAUUUGCAUGCCAUCGCCGCACAUAUUUUCCACGGCUUCAAUCAGCCCAGGCCAUGUGAUAGGACCGUUCCGGUUGCACUGGUCCUAUCGAAAGCUUCAGAAACGGUUAAUCAUGCCAAGCUAUUUAAAGACAACGCCAACACGUCCCUCCAGCCAGGCCUGAGGGAUGGGUCACGAAUUAUCUGUGUGGUCGUCAGUCGUUUUAGAAUCAAGGGAUACGAAGUCGGAGCACGAUAGAGUGAAACAGGGAAUUUCGCAAAGCGGAGUGGUAUUUCCGGCACUGAGAUCGUAUCAUAUGCCGAUCAUGGCAUCGGGCCCCAUUUUCGAUAUAUUGAACAUCUACCUCAUAGGUCUUGCCGCCUAUAUCGCUGCAAGAGAUCUUAAGACAUCUGCUGCCAAAUCACUAUACAUGUAGAGGUAAAUUAUGAGCUAGUUGUGAGAGUUGAUGGAGUGAAGAUUCCGUUCAAGUAGUGUCCCAAAAUACUUGGUGUCACAUUUGACAGCUCUUUCAUGUCCUCAGCAUAUGCCGCUGCAGUUUGCAAUAGGUUCAGCUGGUCUUCAAGUUACUUUCCGACAGGACUUGGAAACAUGCAGAUGAAGGAACCAUGUUGACGACGUACAAAGCAAUUGACCAGUCGGUGGUAAGUUAAGCACCGAUGUGGUCUCAUCAACUAUGUGACACGCAGUGCAAUAAUAUUCAGAUCUGUUAGAAUGUCGCUCUUCGAACUGACACGGGCUGUCUCCUCUGUUCUCACGUGAACCACCUCCAGGAGACAAAGAUUCUAACCGCGCGAAGACAUAACUGCAUGCAGGGACAAUCCUAGUCACCACUUUGUUGAUGUGCAUCCACGCCUAGAAUCCAUAGAAUGGAUUAAUACGAUAUAGAGCAAGAAAUUCAGAAAUGAUAGCAGGUGUGGAGAACAGCUAGCGGGUGAAUGUGGUCCUUGGAGAACGUCCCACAACCAUUGCACCAGAAGAAAUUGAAUUAUGUAGAGAUCACAUAGGUGCUUUGUUUUACCUAGAAAAGCUAAGAGGCCACCGUAGCGCUGAUGUUAGCAUGUCCACCUAUGAAGCUGAAUACCUGGGUUAGAUUCCUGGCGAGACCAUCGGAAAAAAAUUUCAGCGGUGGUUUUACCCUCCUAAUGCUGAAAACAUUUAUGAGGUACUACGCCAUGUAAAGCAUCUCCUCAAAGAGGUGUCGCAAUGAGGCCCCUUAUCAUUGAGCUUAAAUUUGAAUCGGACUGCACUCAUUGAUAUGUGAGAAUUUUGCCCCUGUUCCUUAGUGGAAUGUUCAUGGGCAAAAUUUGAAAUUUUUGCAUUUUACAAAAGCUAAGAGUUACAAAAACACUUCCAUGGGGUUGAACAUCUAUACGCACUAAUUGGUGGCACUCUGUGGCAUGCCGUCUAGCCUUGGUUAAAAAUUAUCCUUUUCUAAGCAUACAAAGCAAAAUCACGGUUUCUACUAUAUGACGGCUAUAAUGAAAAGUGGAGCUAUCGGUAGCAAAUUUGGCUUGCAUAUUGAGGAGGGUAAUGUAACUAACCCCUAGAGUUUACCAAAUCAAAUUGAAAUAUCCGUUUAUGUAGCGAUUGCAUAGAGAUAUAGGUUAAGAUAUUCGAACUAGCCUCUAUUUUAAAUGAUUAAUGGGGAGAUAAUUAACACAGAAGGACGGACAAACGGACUUUGCCAACCCAAACGAAACCAACAAAAAUUAAUGGAUACCAUGAUGGGUAAAAAAUUAUAACAAUAAAAUGUUUCUGAAAAUUUAGGAAAUGUUGAACAGUUGUAAAGUCUAGAAUAUGAGAUAUGAAACAAUUUACAUUGAUCCGCGGCCAUCUUUUGAAGCAUUUCAAUAAUCUUGCCCAUCUAAUAGUGCAAAAGAUCUGAUUUUAUUUCCAUAUUCCAGAUUGAGAUUUGGCCCACCAUGCGAUUUAAGUUUCGAAUACGAUUUGUGCAUAAAAUUGAGGUAUACAAAUUAUAUUUUAUUUUGCCUUUGCGUAUAAAAUGCGAUUAAAUUGUAUUAGAUUAAUGACAUUAAACUUAAAGAGGUUAUUUAGCAUAAAAUUAAGCCAAGUUAAAAAUAAAAUGUAUCUAUAAGAUUCUAGGAAAAUUUAAAUAAGGAGGUGCGAUAGAUUUUGUCCGCAUUCCUACCUAUGUACGUGCAGACCGCCACAUGGGGAUCGGAGAGGCUUUAUGGUCAUGGGUGUGUGCGGGCAAGCGAUAAAAUGUAAUUGCCAAAAAUUAUUAUUAUUAAUAUACAUUUAGCCAAAUACAUAUUUGUUAAUAAUAAAACAAAACUUAAACUAAGUUACCCAAAGUCCACAAAAUUUUUAUUCGUAAUUGUUGUUGCUCAUUCAUAACAGUUGUUGUAGACAGUCGGCAGAUAGACAGACCUGCAGCUAUACAAACAAACAUUCCUACUCAUAUCGAAAGUUGAGGCUGAAGUAUGCUAAAUCAUAUCACAAAUGAAAACAAAAUCAAACGGAUGUUUUGCGUUUUCUAAUAUUCGAUAAAAACUUUUGGUCAACCAUGGCGAAUAGAAGCGUAUUACGAGUUUUUAGAUCAUUCCCAAACAUUAAUAUAGGUCUUAGCAUACUUUAAAAUUAAGGAAUCGGUAUAUGUAUACAUGGCCAUGUAGUAUGUAUGUAGGAUAAAGUUCAGCUAUAUAAACAUACAUACACACACAUAUUCUGAUUACCGUACAAUCGGUGGAUUGCGAAAUGCGCGCCAGGACAGGCGGUGGUGAAUCCUUGCUGUUGCUUAAAAUCUAAUUUGGAACAAAUUUUUAAACUCCAUCGCCCACAUACCUUUCGAAUAUUCUAAUCAGCAUAAAUUACGUGAGGCACAAAUUUCGGAUGAUAAUGAUUUUAAAUGUGCAAAGUUUUAACGCCGUGUAUCAGCCGGCAGAUAAGGCUAACAACUUCGAAAAAAGUGCCCAGCAUGUUGUUUGUUCGUCGUCUCGAGACCACUGUUUAAAUUUGAAUCAAACUUUUUUGAUUUUAUUACGGCACAACCUUUUUGAUCAG